AUGGCCGAAGCAAUUCUGUUCCAAGUUGCUGGUGAGAUCUUGAUGAAGCUGAUCUCUCAAGCUUCCACUCGGCUUGGAAUGGGGCGUGAAGUGGAGGAUGAUCUUACCAAACUCACCAGCACCAUCUCAACUAUUAAGGAUGUACUUCUUGACGCGGAGGAGCGUCAAACUAAAAGUCACUCCCUACAGAAUUGGCUCCAAAAGCUAGAAGAAGCUCUUUAUGAUGCGGAGGAUGUGCUUGAUGAACUCUCCGUGAAGAGUGUAAAGGACAGACUAGAUGCUAUUGCUGCUGAGAAAAACCUAUUUCAUUUGCGUGAAAACUAUGAACAAAGGACUCAACAUGGUUCGUUUGAUCAAACUACGACAGGGAACGAAACUUGCUCUAUUCCAAAUCAAGAGGAAGUGAUUGGAAGGGAUGAUGAUAAGAAAAAAGUAAAGGACCUUUUAUUGGAUAUGAAUAUGAAUGUUUCAUUCAUUGUAAUAGCUGGAAUGGGUGGGAUAGACAAGACGACCUUGGCUAAAUCCCUCUACCAUGAUGAAGAGGUAUCAAAAUGUUUCAAUUCAAGAAUAUGGGUUUGGGUUUCUGAUCAAUUUGAGGUUAAAGUAAUAGUGAGAAAAAUAAUAGAAUCGGUAACCGGAAGGAAUCCUGAUGUUGAAGGAAUGGAAGCUUUAAAUAGGGAGCUCCAAGAAGUAAUUGGAGGAAAGAAGUAUCUGUUAGUUAUAUGGAUGAUGUAUGGAAGGAAACUGAAGAGAAAUGACAUGAGAUUGCAAGAGAGUAAUUCUUGGUCAUUGUUCAGGAAAGUGGCAUUUAAAGAAGGCAAAGAACCUACUUCAGAAGAAGAGUGGAUGUCGUUCAAGAAGAACGAACUUUUGAAAGUCAUUCAACAAACUGAUAAAAACGAUGGUUUGACACCUAUAUUAAACUUGAGCUAUAACCAUCUCCCACCAAAUUUGAAGCAAUGUUUUGCUUAUCUAUCCCUAUUUCCCAAAGGGACGAGGUUAGAGAUAAAAGAUUUGAUUAGACAAUGGAUGGCUCACGGUUUUAUAGAAUCAUCAAAUGGAACUGCUAAUUCCAUGGAAGAGGUAGGAAAGAGCUAUUUCAAGGAAUUAUGUUGGAGGUUUUUUUUUUGGAAAUCUAGUGACGAGUGUAACUUCGACGAAGAGGUUCAUAUGCAUGAUGUGAUGCGUGAAGUUGCAACGAAUGUAGCAGGAGAGAAAUAUGUACAAGUAAAUUCCAAUCGUGAUCUUGUUGUCAGUGAAAGACAUAUUUCAUUUUGCUCUAAAAUAAAAUCAUGGCGGGACCUCCUAUUGAAUUUACAGAAGGCAAAAAGAUUAAGAACCUUCCAACUUUUUUUGUCAUAUGAAAAUAGGCUUGAGAUGAAUGAAGCUGUUUUGGAUGAACUAUUUUCCAGUUUUCCACGUUUGCGAGUAUUGGGUCUCACUUUCUCAAAAAUUCAUGUGGUGCCAAAUUCUAUAAAAAAGCUUAGACAUCUUCGAUAUCUAAAUCUCUCAAGAAAUUAUAUGGAAUCACUUCCAAAUUCAAUUACUAAAUUGCAAAAUUUGCAAACUCUAGAUCUAUCGCACUGUUAUAUACUAAAGAAGCUGCCAAGGGACACCAACAAUCUUGUUAGUCUUAGCCAUCUUGAUAUAUCAUUUCUACCUUAUACUUCAGAAAUGGAGAAGUUGAAUUUUUUACAGAUACCAGCUUAUUUUGUGUUGGACUGCAGAAGGUGUGAUAUGUUAAGUGAAUUGAAGGUGCCAAACAAUUUAAAUGGAAAGUUAAUAAUUAGAGGUUCAGAGCAAUUGAGGCAUACUGAUCAAUCUGAAGUGAGCUUAAUAAACCUGAGAGACGUUCAAGGCUUCCGAGUGUUGGAACUGGAAUGGAAACAGAGCGACAGGAAUGAUGAUGAAGGCGAAGUAAGGGUGAUGAAAUACUGUUCUUCUUCUUUGGGUAUCCCACACAUGUCCUUGCCUAUUAAAUGCUUCAAUCUGAUGAGUUUACCUGAAUGGAUUGGCACCCUCACUUCGUUUAAGGAGCUGGUGAUUAUUCAAUGUCCGAAAUUAAAAUCAGUACCAGAGGGAAUGCAGCAACUUAGAUCUUUCAAAUACCUUCACAUAAAGGGGUGCCCAGAACUGGAAGAAAGAUUCAAGCAUGGAGUAAAGGAUUGGCCUAAGAUUGCGCACAUCCCCCAUAUAUACUAACACUGCACAGACUUUGUACAGCUUGGGAAGAGUACACCUAUUCCAUCUGGAAAAGGAUCCAUAAAAAAGCAACAUAAUUUUAGGGUCAUGUCAGGAAGCUCCAUGGAAACAGCAGCUAAUGUUGUUCCCAGUUUGAACUAUGAGCAGAACGACAAACGUGUAAUAUGGAGCCACAACUAUGAAGGUGUUAUAGAACGAGAACCGGUGUUUCCACAAGGUGGUUCGUGUAGCAAGUGAUUUAUCUAGAAGUACUGGAUAGAGUCGGGCUCCCAUUCCCAGCCGGGAGUAGAUGAGUUGCAUGACUAUUUUAGGCAAGAUAUAAGAAGUGACACUUUGUUCGAGGGAAGGAUUGUUGGGAUUGCAAGAUAUGCAGACAAAGUCCCAUAUUGGCAAGAGACGGGGUGAUCCAUUAUAAGAGAGAACAAUUAUCUCUAUUGGUAUGUGACAUUUUGGGUGAAGUCAAAAGUAAAGCCGUGAGGGCUAUCCUUAAAGCGGACAAUAUCAUACUAUUAUAGAGAUACUUGGGGUAUGAGGGAUACCGCUGUCCUCGACAAACUGCACGUAAAUUAUCAUAAGGAGCCUUUUUCAAAGAACUGGACAUUAUUGUUAGAAUAAAAUAUAUGUAGAAGCCAAAAUGUUCCUAGUAGGAGGGAAGCAGAAGAUUCAAAGCCAACUUCAAUUAUUUUUCCCUCUUCUAAUCUUUUGAAUGUAUGAUUGUUAUUUGAUUGAGCCCUGAAUGGACAUGGAUGGCAACAAGCAAAGCUGCUAUGAUAUAGUUGUAGAAGAAAGUGAAAUUUGAACAAUCACUAUGAAUAUACUCUUGUUCUAUAUUAAUCUUUAAACUCUGUUUCAGGCAUCAAAAACUGAAACAAAAGCUGCCAUCUUGAUGCUGAUCACCAGCUGAACUGCUACAUGGUAAAAGGUGAGAGUUGUAAGAGUACACCAUAUUGGAGAUUUAGGACUACUUCACCCUUUGAGAAAUUUCUUUAUAAGGUGCCGAUAUACUCAUGAAAGCAGAGGGAAAAGAUUGCACUUCUCUAUUCAGUAUCCUACCAAUUUUGUUUGGCUUUUAGUUAAAAAGUGGAUAUCUCUUCCCUCCAUGGAAUCCUACAUACACCGUUUGCUAAUUUUUGGUGCAAAAUUCAUCU